UCUUUUGCUAUCAGAUUCAGAGGAGGAGCGGGGCAUUUCUAGCCAACACCACCAGAGUGCAGGUUCUCUAUUUUGUUACUCAAGUCGCUACGGCAUACCGUUGAAAUCCAACAUGUCCAAAAAAGUAGCUGUGGUUACAGGGGCAAAUAAAGGCAUCGGACUGGCGAUUAUUAAAGGUUUGUGCAAAGCAGGAUUUAGCGGAGAUAUUCUCCUCACUGCUCGGAAUGAAAAACUUGGACAAGAGGCUAUUGCUGGACUGCAGUCUGGGGGAUUCAAAAACGUUGUCUUCCAUCAACUUGAUAUAUGUGACCAAGGAAGCUGCAUGAAGCUCAAAAAGUUUCUGGAGGAAAAGUAUGGAGGACUGGAUGUUCUUAUCAACAACGCGGGGAUUGCUUUUAAAAAUUCAGCAACAGAGCCUUUUGGAGAACAGGCUGAGGUGACCAUGCGCACCAACUUCUGGGGAACGCUGUGGGCUUGUCAUGCUCUUCUGCCGAUACUUCGAGCCAAUGCACGAGUGGUCAAUGUGUCCAGCUUUGUCAGCAAGAAGUCCCUUGAUCAGUGCAGUGCUGAACUACAGGCAAAAUUCAGGAGCAAAGACCUAUCAGAGGAGGAUUUGUGUCUGCUGAUGGGAGAGUUUGUUCAGGAUGCACAGGCUGGAGAUCAUUCGGCUAAGGGCUGGCCAAACACUGCCUAUGGUACCACAAAGAUUGGUGUGACAGUGCUAUCAAGAAUCCAGGCACGAGUUAUCAAUGAGACAAGGCCAGGUGAUGGGAUCCUAUUGAACGCUUGCUGUCCGGGAUGGGUGCGCACAGACAUGGCCGGACCAAAGGCACCCAAAAGCCCAGAAGAAGGGGCAGAAACUCCAGUUUAUCUGGCCAUGCUGCCUGAAGGAGCCAAAGAGCCGCAUGGACAGCUAGUGUGGGACAAGACUGUGCAGGAAUGGUAGACGGAAGAAAAAAGGCAUCAUCAAUUCAAUCCAUCUCAAAAAUGUCAUAAUUACACCUAAAAAUAACUGACUUUUCCUAAAUAUACUGCUACUUUAAAUGCCUAAAAACAUUUAGAAGUACGCUCUCUCCACUGUCUUCAUUGAAGUAACUGUAUGAUUUAUGAGUUCUACUUAUCUGAUUUUCAGUAUCUGUUGGGUUUCUGGGGUCAUUUUGUUUAUCUCAGUAAGAUAAACAGAAGAUAAGGAGAAUUCGGCCUCAAAUCCUUCUUCCACAGAUUGUGCUUUAUUAUCUGCACAAACUGAAAUAUCUGUAUACAUUCCUGUUUUGUGAACUAAAUGGCUAAACAUUUUUGAACUAUAUAUCACUUAAAUUUAACCAUUAAAGUGAUUUGUGGCAAA